AGGGGUCACAGACACCUCCCCCUAACUCCCAUACGGACUCUUGAAGAUAAGGGAGAAGGAGAGAGUCUCACAACCAAAGAAAGGCAAGAGAGAGGGCUGUCCGCAGGAUUAGUCAUCCAGUGCGUAGGUCUUCUUGUUCGACUCGUAUCUGGAUUUUUACUCAUCCAAAAAGGUCGUGUGAGGUUCCAAUUUAAAUAUAUCGAGAGGAGGAAUCCAUAGACGUGCGGUUUGAAGAAAACGGAGCAGUUUAAGGCCUCCAAAUCGUCCGAACAAAACGCAACCUCACAGAAUAUGAUUUUGUAUUCAAAGUUUCGUCCUGAACAUACUUGUUCUGUUGACUACAGAAAAGGUAAUCACAAGCAAGCUACAGCGGAUAUCAUUGCAGAUAUGGUUGCAUACAAAUUCCUAGAUGCUUCAGAAAAACCGUAUACUCCUAAGCAGUUACGCAAUGAUAUGACUUUGGAAUUUGGAAUUUCAAUGUCCUACAAGAAAGUUUGGAAAGCACAAAAAACUGCUAUGGAAAAGCAGUUUGGAUCAGAUGCAGCUUCAUACCAACUUUUACCAUCCAUGGCUCACAUGCUUGACCAAUCAAACCCUGGAUCUUCAAUCAGUCUUGUUAGAGGUGUUGAUGACGCAUUUCAGUCAUUUUUCUUUUCUCUUGCAGCGUGGAUUGAUGUUUGGCAGUUUUGUAGACCUGUGCUAAUCCUGGAUGGCUCAUUUAUGAAGGCUUACUACAAAGGAACAUUGCUAACAACGUGUGGUCAAGAUGCAAAUAGGCACAUAGUUCCUUUGGCUUUCGGCAUUUGUGAUUCUGAAUCCACAGCUUCUUGGAAAUGAUUUUUGAUGAAGUUGCGUGAUACUAUUAAGUACCGUCAUGACUUAUAUAUUGUUUCAGAUCGCCAUAAAAGACUUAUGAAAGCUGCAUCUGAAAUUUUUCCACAUGUUAUUCACGGUUUCUGUGUGGAACACCUUAGGCGCAAUCUCAUUCAUAAAUUCAGAGGUUCUGGUGAUGGUCUUGGGUGGAAGUUUAAGGCUGCUUAUAUGGCUGCCACUAUCCCUGAAUAUGAAGAAUACCUAGCUAUGCAAGAUGUUGAUAAUGCCAAGAUUCGUCUGUGGUUAGAUAAGAUUGGGAGUCACAGAUGGGCUAGAUGUAUGGCUGGUCCCCGAAGAUUUGGUGUGCUUACCUCUAAUUGUGCCGAGUCACUAAAUAAGGUUAAUGUUACUGUCAGAGAGUAUUCCAUAUCUAAGCUCAUUGACUUUUUACGUCAACACAUGCAAAAGUGGUUCACGGAAAGAAGUGAAAAGGCUUCUAAAAAAACUACCAUUUUGUCCAGUAAAUGUGAAAAACAUUUAGUGGCAUUGCAAUAUGCAUCUACACACAUCCAGGUCAAACCAUCUUCAUAUUUGGAGUUUGAGGUUGUUGAUAGGGAUUGCCGAUCAUUUAUUGUUAACUUGUCAAAGAAGAUGUAUUCAUGUGGUGUUUUUUAAUUGGAUCAUUUCAUAUGUGUACAUGGAGUUGCUUCUCUUCGUAUUCGACCAGGACUCUCUUGCUAUGAUUUCAUUUCUCCUUAUUAUUCUCGUGAUGCAUGGUUGUCUACAUGGGGUAGUAGCAUGCAUCCAAUUGUCGAUCCAAAGUCAUGGUCAGUUGCACAAAGUGUUCUUAGCAUUGUGUGCAAGCCUCCAAAUUGUUUGAAGAGACCUCAUGGUCGUCCAAAGAAAUCCAGAAUUCCUUCCAUUGGAGAGUUUCGUGGAUCAAAACCUCGAAGAUGCUCUCG